AUGAAGGCUGCUGGGUUGGAUGCCAUUCAGAUUUAUAUACCAUGGAAUUUCCAUCAGCCCGAAAGUGAUAUAUUCGAUUUUCAUGGUGACCGAAGUCUGCAAAGUAUUUCAUUCACAACUAAUUCGACUUCUAAAGUGACGUUUGUUCGGUUUCAGGGCGGGUUGCCUCCUUGGCUUUUACGGAUUAAUCCAUUGAUGAAAUUACGCUCCAGUGAUCCAGAAUAUAUGAACUAUGUGACGAAAUGGUUCGACGUUCUGUUACCUAUCAUUAAACAUUUUCUUUUUGAGAAUGGUGGACCGAUAAUUAUGGUGCAGCUAGAAAAUGAAUAUGGUUCAUAUCCAACAUGCGAUCAAACAUACUUAGAAGGGCUUUACAAUUUAUCACGUUUACAUUUGGGGGAGAAUAUCGUAAUUUUCACAUCAGAUGGUCCCUCCGACGGUCUAUUAAAAUGUGGUUCGUCUGACAAGCGCUAUCUAGCAACAAUUAACUUUGGUCCUACAACUGAUCCUGUGUGUAAAGUUUUCAAAGUAUUGGAGGAUUUCCGACAAAACCAACCCUGGGUAAAUAGUGAAUAUUAUGUCGGUUGGUUAGACGUUUGGGGAGGAUCUCAUCAUAUUACUAAACCUGAAUGGGCGGCAAAUGCAUUAAAUCAUUUAAUCAGCUACUCAGUACGAGUCAAUGUCAAUAUGUAUAUGUUUCAUGGAGGGACUAAUUUCGGAUUUUGGAACGGUGGCGCAAAACCUGAGUCAUCUAUUACAAGCUAUGAUUAUGAUGCUCCAAUCAGUGAAGCUGGUGAUAUAACAAGAAAGUAUGUGAUAAUAAGAGAUCUACUUUUCCGCAGAAAAGGCAUUGAACCACCGGAGUUACCGAGCAAUACUACAAAGAUUUCAUAUGGUCAUGUUAAUAUGGAGUUUAAAUCUCAUCUUCUAGAAAUUAAAGGCCCUGUUGUUUAUCAUACUUUUCCUCUUACAAUGGAAUAUUUGCGACAGUAUGACGGUUAUAUGAUUUAUUCAAUUCCGGUGACAAUUCCACCUAAUGGAUCUAUUUUUCUGGAGUUCUCCCAUAUCUCGGAUAUAGCUCAUAUUUUUACUGGAGAUAAAUCUGGACAUUUUUCGUUUCAUGGUUCACUCAGAAGUACAAAUAAAACAGUCCAAUUAAACAAUGUGCAUGAUGUAAUUAACAUUACUAUAAUUGCUGAAAAUGCUGGACAUAUUAAUUAUGGCGGUGGUAUGUAUGGAGAUAUCAAGGGCAUUACUCGACCGGUAAUGUUAAAUGGAAAAGAACUUCUAAAUUGGAGUAUGAUUCCAAUUAAAGAUCCGUUUGCUAUAGUCAGUCCGAAUAUAACGAAACAUUUCCUGUCAGAAAAUAAAUGGCCAGUACCUGGACGUAUAUAUCAUGGAGCAUUCAUUGCUGAGAAGUUGGCAGAUACUUUCAUUCAACCUCAUAGUUUUGUAAGAGGAAUAAUAUCAAUCAAUGGUCAUAAUAUAGGACGAUUCAAUCAACAACAGGGACCGCAGCUUCGCUUGUAUGUACCGAAAACAUUUUUGAAACUGGGGAGCAAUCAAAUAGCAAUCACAGAAUUACAAGGUCCUAUUGGAAAUGAUGAACAUCAUGUUCAUAUCACAUUUCAUGACCAAAUGCUUUGGAAGUAA